AUGGGGAAAUGUAAGAAAGGUGAAAGGCAUGGAGAUAUGCCAAUUCCAAAGGACUGGAAUGUUUUGAAAAUAGAGAAGGGUAUAGUGCUGGAGGCAUGUAAGCUGAAGUGUUUUACCUAUGAUGUAUUGAAAAAUGCAACUCAAAAGUUCAACUGUCAAAACUUGAUUGGCCGAGGAGGCUUUGGUGAUGUUUAUAAAGGAUAUCUCACUUACAGUACCAUGGAUGCUGCAAGAUCAAAUGAGGGCUUUCCAAUAGCUGUUAAGAUAAUCAGGAGGCAAGGAGCACAAGGCGAUGAAACAUGGCUGAAUGAAGUGACAUAUUUGAGCAAAAUAAAUCAUUCAAACGUGGUGAAGCUCAUAGGAUUUUGCUAUGAGGAUGAGCAUAGAAUGCUGGUUUUUGAAUACAUGACUGGUGGAAGCUUGGCGGAUCAUCUCUUGGAAGAAGAAAGUGACUCAAAGCUAAAUUGGACUAGAAGGAUCAAAAUAGCAGUAGGGAUAGCACGAGGUUUGGAUUAUCUUCACACCUAUGGAAGACCUCUCAUUCAUCGUGAUAUCAAAAGUUCCAAUGUCCUUCUUGAUGAUAACUUCAAUGCAAAGAUCUCAGACUUUGGACUGGCUAGAUAUGGACCUGAAGGUAGCCUUACCCACGUGUCCACCAGAGUUGUUGGCACUAGAGGCUAUUUUGCCCCGGAAUACAUAACCAGAGGGCAUUUGACACCUAAAGCGGAUGUAUACAGCUUUGGAGUGGUUCUGCUAGAGAUUUUAUCCGGCUAUGAUGCAGUCAGAAAACAUUCAGAAGGAGCAAUGGGGGAUCUUGCUCAGUGGGCAAAACCAUUUCUAAGAAACAAGGUGGAGCUGCCCUAUGUUAUUGACAAGAGCCUUGGAAACAAUGUUUCAAUCAAAGCAGUCUCCGAAUUUUCUGAAAUAGUACUCAGCUGCCUCUGUUGUAGUCCCAAAAAGAGACCAACAAUGGCCGAAGUUGUGGUUAGCUUAGAAAAACUAGAGCAAAAUUUGGAACAUCAUAAUCAGAGAUUACAUGGUAGCAUCUGA